GCCUGCGGAAGGCGGCGGCGGCGGCGGCGGCACCUGUGAGUGGAGGCUGGGGCAGGGCAUGGUCGCGCCCGGCGCGCUGUGAGAGCGGAGCGGCCGCUGGGUCCGCCAUGCGCCCGCGGCGCUGACAUGGGCGCCAGCGGCUCCAAAGCUCGGGGCCUCUGGCCCUUUGCCUCCACCACGGGGGGCGGCGGCCCUGAAGCGGCAGGCGCUGAGCAGUCUUUGGUGCGGUCUCGACCCCGAGCGGUGCCCCCCUUCGUAUUCACGCGCCGCGGCUCCAUGUUCUAUGAUGAAGAUGGGGAUCUGGCUCACGAGUUCUAUGAGGAGACAAUCGUCACCAAGAAUGGGCAGAAGCGAGCCAAGCUGAGGCGGGUACAUAAGAAUCUGAUUCCUCAGGGCAUCGUGAAGCUGGAUCCCCCCCGAAUCCACGUGGAUUUCCCUGUGAUCCUCUAUGAAAUGUGAGCCUGUGGCAUGGCAGACACAAGCACCCACUGCCCCAGCAAGAAACUCCCAGGCUCAAGGUGUAGCUUCCAUUCAGGAGUCCAGGCUGGUGCCACAACCCUGAAUAAACUAAACUCCGUUGGCCCAGAACCUUCAGUUGUAAAAGGGGCAGUCCCUCAGUGUUAACUGGUGUUGGUUUAUGUCUGAACAAUAAGUGGUUGGUGGCUGGUGAGGGCUCGUGGCAGAAUCGCCAGCCCAUUGCCCAGCCACUUGUGCAAGAAGCAUGGCGGGGCUUAUGCUGGUCAGGAAAGCCUGGCUCCUCGAUCCUUGCCCGACCUGCUUUCUUCCAAGCUUGCCUAGGGCCCAGCCCUCCUAGAAGCUACAGCACUUUACAAGCAGAGUCUGCCUUCUUCCAGCCCCUGGGCUCUAGGGGCUGUACCCAAGUGGGAACUUCCUUCCCUCACUUCCCGUACCCCUAGUCAGAGCAUUUCAGCCGUUUGCUACCUCGAUUCCCCCUGUAUUGGACAGAGACUGGGGAUAGGACCAGCCUCAGUCUUCCUGCCUACCUGCCAUUUGUUCCCACUCUAAGAUGGACAGUUUGCUGGCCGUUAAAUAGGAUGGGGACCAGUGUAGGAGGCUUCUCCUAUCACCCAGAGCUGGACUGAUCUCUCUUGAUUUCCACCAGUUGCCCUCCCCCAAGUUGAGAGGGUGCAGGCCGGGGUCAGGACAGGCCGUGGAUGCCUGUGCCUGUGGGGACUUGCCCCAAACCACAUAUUCCAUAUUCUGUCUAACCUCCCUCGUCUUUGCACCAGUCCCACCCAUCCCCAGCUGUGGGGGAGGGGCUGUCCACCACCCAGCGGUAAGAAGCCACACACAUAUACACACACACACACACACACACACACACACACACACACACACACACACCCGGGGCUGGUGCCAGUAGCUAUGAGGAGCCCAUCACCCUUUCUACAGAAUCUUCACCUCUUCAGGGUCAGUUAAGGGAAAGUACUGGAGCUCCUUGGUAAGGAUCAGAAGAAGGGAAAAAUACAGAAAAGGGGUAAUUAAAAUGUGAAGGUUUGUAAAUAGUCUAGACAAUGAUAAUGUUGGGGCAGAGUCUGAUUUCUAUAUAGAGGUGGCUUUUAAAACAAAAUCCUUAUUUGUGGAAGCUCCGGGCUUCUAGAUUGUGGGAAAUGGCUUGGGGAGGGUGGCUUCCUUCCCCAGCAUAGGAAGACUGUUGUGUUAUUCGUUCAAUUUCAAUAAAAUUAUGUGUAGACCCUGCA